GGAAAAUCUUCAGUCACUGUUUGGAUUUACACAAUACCGUAACACAGUAGAUUAUAAUUAAUCAAUAUCUUCAAUGCUAUAAUGAAUCUGAUCAUUUCUAUGACUCUAUUAUGUUUUGUGACUGUUAAAUCUUAUUAUUUUAGAUCGAAGAAUUGGGAACCUGACCGUGAUUUACCUGAAAAUCGGGAUUUCGACACAUUCUUGAGACCAAUCGAAAGUCUGGCUAAAUAUGUCGAUAACAACAAAACGCACUUACAGGAUAUACAUUUGGCGUUGGGGAUUUUUAUAAGUAAUGUGAAUUUAGGUCGAGCUUUAUUGGAUAAAGGUAAAGAUCUUCCUAACAAUGUCCACAAUCGAAUUAAGGCAGUUGUGGAUACAAAUGAAAAAAACCUUAAUUAUUUUCGGAACAAAACUAAAACUGAUGUGAACUAUUUAAGCCGGGAUUACACUAUAAUAUCGUAUUUAUUUUCUAAUACGACAUAUGCGAUAAAUCGCAUGAAAAAAUUUAAUUACGAAAAACAGCUGAAUUAUUCGUUUGAUGAUGUGGAGAAAUUUUACUCCAAGUGGGAAACUUAUUUUGGCAAAACUGAUGAUAUCUAUAGAUGGCAACCGAACCCUACAAAUUCAGACAUAUGUCUGGUGUCCUUGGCUAUAAAUCCACGAAAUAAUGACGAUUCCUCCAUUUCCUGGUGUCCAGUUGCGAAAAUGUGUUAUCAAAUAUUGACUGAAGGAAAUGAUUUUGGCUACGCCUUAUGUCAUCGAAUAAUAAUUUUGGCAAUGGCCAAUAUAGGACAAGGUUGUGCUAUUCUGUCGGAUACUGAAGAUGAAGCAUUGAAACAUAACUUAUGCAAGAUGGCGUAUGCAGAAGCCACGUAUAUUGCUUUCCACGAUUACACUUUGGCGGAUUUGGUGUUCGAAAUUAUCUGUGUUUGCGCGUUGGAGGGAAAAGCGCAGUUUCUAAGACGCACAUGGUUGUUAAAUUUGUUGUCAUUCCAAUCGGAUGACGGAUGCUUCGGAUAUUUUGAUGUGGAGAACAAGAUAUGUAACAGCCACACCAUCGCUCUAGCAUCUGGCGCCUACUCGGCCGCCAUAAGAUUUAUAGUGGAAGAAUUUUAUUAGAUCGCAUGUAUAUAUAAAUGUUGCUGUUAUAAAAAAUAUAUGAUAUACUUAUAUGUGAA